AGAGAGGUUGGCGGGUUAAGAGGGCGAGCGGAUGUUGUCUUGUGACGAACCCGGGGGAGGAUCCCAUCCCUUUUCUGCGUUAGCCGGAAACCCGCUAUUGGUAACCUGCGCUUUACGACAUAAAGGUCACCGCCUCUGGCUCCUCCUCCGCCUGAAAGAUGGAGGGAGGAGACGCUCGCUCGCGGUGAAAGGGGGAGAGCCGGUUCUUGCCGGUCGGCGUCUGGAUCGCUUGUGGUUAUCCCCGAGGUAGCCUUCUUUGUCGGGACGGUGCCGGAACCCUCAGAGGUAAUGGCAUCAGCAGCUGAAGAAUUUACAGUGGACAACAACUUUUCACCUAAAGCUGGUACCAGCAAGUUGCAGUGGACAGUUCCUGCUGAUGCUUCUCCUGAUUCUAAGUGUCCUAUAUGUUUGGACAAAUUUGACAAUGUGGCAUAUCUGGGGCACUGCUUACAUAAAUUCUGUUUCCGCUGUGUACAGGAAUGGUCAAAAAACAAAGCUGAAUGUCCACUCUGCAAACAGCCAUUUCAAUCUAUCUUCCAUUCAGUGAGGGCAGAAAAUGACUUUGAGGAGUAUGUCCUAAGGCCCUCAUAUAGGAACAUGACCAAGGAAUAUGUUCAAGGCUCCUUUGCUAGUCCUGAUGGGCGAAGAUUUCGCUACAGAACUACUAGCUGGAGAAGGGAAAGAAGUGCUUCUGCUUAUUCCCAAAGGAGUGCUUCUCUUCGAAGGACUGAGACACCACCUGACAAUGGAGUACUGUUUGAAGGAUUAUCUGCUCCACCAGUACGACAGAGAGACAGUGGAAUUCAUCAUAUAUUGAGACAAGAAGGAAGAUCCUUGCGGAAAAUUCAAGAAUCAGAUAUGAUUAACUUCAGAAGAACUUUGUAUCGUUCUGGUAUUCGUGUUAGGCAUAUUCAAGAUGGUGGCCGCUAUAGGGAUAUUUCAGCUGAAUUUUUCCGUAGAAAUCCUGCUUGCCUUCACAGAUUAGUUCCGUGGUUAAAGCGUGAACUAACAGUUCUCUUUGGAACUCAUGGAUCUUUAGUCAAUAUUGUUCAGCACAUCAUCAUGAGUAAUGUUACUCGCUAUGAUUUAGAGAGUCAAGCUUUUGUCGAUGACUUAAAGCCUUUUUUACUUAAUCGGACUGACCACUUUUUACAUGAAUUUAUCAGUUUUGCUCGAUCUCCUUUUAACAUGGAAGCUUUUGAUCAACAUGCUAAUUAUGACUGCCCUGCUCCUUCAUAUGAGGAAGGUAGCCAGUCAGACUCCUCAGUUAUUACCAUAUCUCCUGAUGAGGCAGAUAAUCAGGAACUAGAUACUAAUGCAUUGACUGCUAGUCAAGCUCCAUGGGAUGAUGAAACUCCAGGGCCAUCAUAUUCAAGUUCAGAGCAGGUUUUUGCAGCUGUGUCUUCUCCUUUAAAUACUUCUGACAGUUCAGAUGAAGAACUUGUAAGAAGUAGACCCCAGACUCCAAUGGGUAUAGAUACCAAUCAGGACCUAAAUGAUGAUGCUGAUUCUUCAUCAGACAAUUGUGUCAUUGUUGGAUAUGUCAAACCAUUGGCUGAGAGAACCCCAGAACUUGUUGAACUGUCCUCUGACUCUGAAGAAUCGGAGUCUCAGAAAAAUGAAUCUGUGAAGAAGCCAGAUCCUAGCUCCAGUGACAGUGAUUUUAGUAGAUGUUCAUCUCCACAUUCAUUUGUUUCAAAAGAUGGGCAAAUAAAUAAAAGUCACUGUAAUUCUGAUACCUCACCUCCUGGUAGGAUACUUAGAUCAAAAAUGGAAAAGCGAUCAGUUUCAUCAUCUCCUAAGAACUUGAGCUCAUCAGUGACGGUAGAAAGAGUGUGUUCUCCAUGUAGCCAUAGACUAUCCAAAAAGAGGGGACGAUCAAGAAGUUCGGAUUUGUAUUCUCAAAGCAGAGGUGGACAUGACCGAAAGAGCUGUAGGAAACAUCAUGGAAAGAGACGAACAAAAAGCAGACGAUCAAGAAGCAGAGAUAGUAGUCAACUUAAAGAUAGAAAAGACAAGAAAGCAUCAAGAACUAGAGAUAACAGUUGGUCAAGAAAAAGCCAAACAGUAUCCUUAAGCAGUGAAAGCACUGUUUCCAGAGAGAGAAGCAGAUCAAGGUCUCGGAGCAGCGAUCAUGGUAAAAGAAGAUCAAGAAGCAGAGAUAGGGAACGAUACUAUUUAAGAAAUAAUUAUACGAGACGAUAUCAAUGGGAGUAUACUUACUAUAGUAGGAACAGGGAUGGCUAUGAGUCAUCAUAUAGGAAGAGAACUCUAGCUCAUUAUCCUCGACAAUCUUCUAGUCCAGAAUUUAGAAUUCAGACCUUUUCUGAACGAACAAAUGCUGGGAAGGAAAGUAGUCACAAUGAGAGGAGACAUUACUACAAUGAAAGGCACAGGUCAAGGAGUCGGUCCAGUAAUAAAUCAAGAGAUGUAUCUGUAGGAUCUGACCGAGUGAGAUGUGAAAAGCCUGGGGGGAAACGAAAGUACAAAACUCGGCACUUGGAGGGUACCCAUAAAAAGACUGAACAAUCUUUUGAAGAUUCUUCCAAGGGAAAGGGAGAAUGUUUUGAGAAAUCUUCCAAGUUUGGUGAAAGCUACAAAAAUGAGAGUGACAGCUUUUCAGAUAGAUCCAGCAGGGAUAGACACAAGAGGAGGAAGAAGAGGGCCCGAAGCCCAAGUGUAGAGAUAGUUUAUGAAGGCAAAACUACUGACACAAAUAGACAUCAUAAAAAGAAAAAGAAAAAACAUAGGAGGAGACACAAAAGACACCAUACAAGUAAUUCUUCACAGUCUUCUCCAAUUGUGAUUACAAUUGAGACUGAUAGUGACAAGGAACCAGAAGUGAAAGAAAAUAUUGAGUCUGACAGUUGUGCCACCUUGGUAACUCAGCAGAGUAAAAAAGAAUCUUCCUCUCCUGUCUUGGGACCAAUUAAGAGGAAAGAUAGAUUUGCCCAAAGUGAUGGAAUUACUAUCCUGGACAAGGAAUGUGAAAUCACCCCAUGUAAUGGUGAUUUGGAUAAUGUCACCAAGACUAUAGAUAAUCUUCCACUCCAGGAAACCUCAACUGAACAGACUUCUGCUGUGAGGGAGAGCACUUUUGUUUCUGGUAUGGGCAACCUGCACAGUGACAUUGAAUCUAUACAGACUGAACCAUCUGUACACUUGGCGUCUCCAAAGACGUCAGUAAUAGAGACUUCUCCAGAACGACCAUCAUUAAUACUAAGACUGCCAAAGCAUCUCAUAAAAAAGUCUUGUAUUGGUCCUGAAGAAAAGACAUAACGUGUUUUACAUUUAAUUAAGAUAUGUAAAGAUGAAACUUUCUGGUGAAGAUAUUUUUUCUUCCCUUUUAAACUCUUAAAGUGAUUUUCAAGUUAAGGUUUUGUAAGAGCAUUUUAUUCAGAAAGUGAACAAAACUCAAAGAUAAGCACUUUUGAGUUAAAAAAAAAAACCUUGCUAACAGUUUAUUUAAAACUUGUGUUCUUUUUUAUCUAAAUAAAAAUGUAAAUUUCAGAAGUUGUAAUUCAUAAAGCCAUAUUGAAUUCUCAUUCUAUAAAAUAUUCAAUGGAUAUUUUAAAAUUAUGAUUUUUAAGAAAAUUAUUAUGGAAAUUUGCUUACAAAACUUUAUGAUGGGUAAAGUUGUUUUUGUUUUUGCUUUUUUUAGAAAAUUUGUAUAAUUUGAAACAAUCUUUAAAGGUUUAAUUCAGACUAUUUUUAUCUGCAUGAAUUACUUUGACUUCUGCCAAGAAAUGUUUUCAUGUUUUUUGUAUACAUGUCUAACUUGAGUGCUAAUGAAAUAUGAGUUCAGCAAAAAGUUCAAUAAAGCAAUAAUAUUUU